AUGGAGCAGCACCCCACACCUUCCUUGCCGGAACAUGGCAAUUUCUCUCAAGUCCUGUUUAACAAUGUGGAGAAGUUCUAUGUUCCUGGAGGAGAUGUCAUGUGCUGUUAUACCCUCACUGAAAACUUCAUCCCUCGUCGCAAGGACUGGAUUGGCAUCUUUAAAGUAGGGUGGAAGACAACCAAGGAGUAUUACACCUUCAUGUGGGCUCCCUUGCCCAAAGAUCUAAACAAGGAAUCAGCCACACAGCAGGAAAUCCAAUUCAAAGCUUAUUAUCUGCCCAAGGACAUGGAGCAUUACCAAUUCUGCUAUGUGGAUGAAGAUGGUUUGGUCCAGGGAACAAGUAUCCCUUUCCAGUUCCAUCCAGACCCUGAUGAGGACAUAAUGAUUGUUAUCAAUAAGGAAAAGAUGGAAGAGAUGGAACAGCUCAGUGAGGAGCUUUACCAAGAAAACCAGGAGCUAAAAGACAAGUAUGCUGACCUCCAUGAACAGCUCCAGAGGAAGCAGGUGGCACUGGAGGCAACAUGGCAGAAGAUAAAUAAGAACUUAGAACAGAAAGUGGAAGAGAAAGCCUCUUGGGAGGAAGAGAAGGCCUCUUGGGAGGAAGAGAAGGCCUCUUGGGAGGAAGAGAAGGCCUCUUGGGAGGAAGAGAAGGCCUCUUGGAAGGAAGAGAAGGCCUCUUGGAAGGAAGAGAAGGCCUCUUGGGAUGAAGAGAAGGCCUCUUGGGAUGAAGAGAAGGCCUCUUGGGAGGAAGAGAAGGCCUCUUGGGAGGAAGAGAAGGCCUCUUGGAAGGAAGAGAAGGCCUCUUGGAAGGAAGAGAAGGCCUCUUGGAAGGAAGAGAAGUCCUCUUGGGAGGAAGAGAAGGCCUCUUGGAAGGAAGAGAAGGCCUCUUGGGAGGAAGAGAAGGCCUCUUGGGAGGAAGAGAAGGCCUCUUGGAAGGAAGAGAAGGCUUCAUGGGAGGAAGAG